AUGUCGACGCCCAGCAUUUUAUCUUCUCCAAAGGUAGCCCGAUUUCCGUUUCCAUCAAGCGAGGAACUCCAAGAUCUCCCGUCUACAUUACAUCAGCCCAAAGGCUUCCCCGGUAGCGGCCUCAGCAAGGAGAACUACAAUGCCGACGCCUACACCGAGCCAAUAUUGGAGAAGGGCCCGUCUCCGCCCAGCGAAUUACGGCAGAACCUGUUCAUGAUCUUCAUCACCGUGACCCAAUUAGUUCAAAUGAUUCCUCUGGGCGUCGGUAUCAACUCAGGUCUUGCUAUUGGUGAGGCUCUGGGCGCACCGCAUAUCAGCUCAGUAUGGAUUGUCGCAUCGUAUCCUUUGACUCAAGGAACCUUCGUGCUCAUUGGUGGUCGCCUUGGUGCUGUCUAUGGUCACAAAGUCAUGUUCACCGUUGGCUGCAUAUGGUGGGUGGUAUGGGCUUUAUGCGGCGGAUUCGCCAACAACUUGGUCUCCAUCUGCAUCAUGCGAGGACUCUGCGGUAUUGGUGGAGGCUUGAUGGUUCCCAAUAUCGUGGCACUGCUGGGCAUCAAUUUCCCGCCAGGGAAGAAGCGGAACCUUGGCAUGGGGCUGUUCGGAGCAAUGGCGCCUGUCGGUGCCGUCGGCGGUUCACUCGUUGGUGCUGUUAUAAUCCAGCUAUCGGAAUGGAAAUGGGUGUUCUUAUGGCUCGGAUUGAUGGGUUUCUUGGUCUAUGGAGCCGCAAUCGUCAUUGUGGAACAAGACGAAGCAGUCGAUCCAAACGGGUCGAUUGAUUGGGUCGGCGCCUACUUGGGUGUCGCUGCCCUUAUCCUCUUCAAUUUUGUCUGGAACCAAGCGCCGCUUGUUGGGUGGAGCAAUCCGUACGAGAUCGUCCUCCUGAUAGUGUCCGCCCUUCAUUUCGCAGGUUUCUCCUAUUGGGAGGCCAAAGUCGCCAAGGAGCCCAUAUUACCCUUCAAUAUCUGGAAAUCACCCUCGUUCGGUACUUUAAUGCUCGUCACCCUCUUUUCGUUCAUGAGCCUUGGUAUCUUCUUCUGGUACAUGAACAUAUACAUGCAAACCAUCCGCGGCGACAGUCUCAUCAAAGUUGGUGUUCAGUACCUGCCCCUAACCAUCAUGGGCUGCGCAAACGCCUUCUUCGCCGCCUGGCUUGUACCUCGUGUACCAGCCCAAGUCAUUAUGGGUAUUGGCUGCUCGGCAAUGGUCAUCAUCAAUGUUCUGCUGGCCACCGUUCCAGCACACUUAACAUAUUGGGCGAUGUGCUUCCCAGCUAUGUUCAUAUCCGCCUAUACAAUCGACCUAAUCACCACCAGCGCCCAGAUUGUGGCAAGCAAUACAGUGCCAAUGGAGCAUCAAGGCGUCGCAGGGUCCUUAGUUGGCACGUUGCUGAGCUACGGUAUGAGCAUCGGUCUUGGCUUCGCUGGUACUGUAGAAGUCAACACGUUCAAAAACGGCACAGAUUUGUUAAGAGGCUAUCAUUCAGCUGCGUAUCUAGCAGUGGGCUUGGCUGGUACGGCUCUGGUUCUCACUGCCCUUUUUAUCCGUAUUCCGAAGGAUACGCGAGAAGGUUGGGGUGAGGACCAGGCGCCGGAGGAAAUAUGA